UGGUGGCGGCGGCGGCGGGGGCCGAGACCGGAGCCGGUGCGGGAGCAGACCGCGGCAGCCUCCCUCGGGGGCGCGGGGGGAGAGCGGCGGCUCCUCUCUGCCGCUGCCCGAAGCCUGCGACUUAAAUAGAGGCUGUGUUUUGUCAACAGCUUAUUCUGCUGGCCGGCAGGUUGGCUGGCUCGAGGACUGAGCAGCGGGUGCUUCAUGUGACUGCCCAGUUCAGCAUUCAGCUCUCCUGUACUGUAAACUAAGGAAAGAACUCCUGCCUUGGGCUCCUGCCAACAGUGCAAAUAACUGACCAGCUUUUUGGAAGAUGACGUUUACUCCUGCUUAAAGCUGCUAUUCUUACACAGUAGAAGAAUGUGGAAGAACUCAAGCCUUCGCUGCCUUUUAGCACUAGCUAUUUUAUGCUUAAGAAGCUUCAUAUAUAGCCAAGAGAUAGCCUCUCUAGGGGACCCCCAGAAUUUAAAAUGUGUAACGCACAAUUUACACAAAAUGCUCUGUACUUGGGACAUCUCUAGAGGAAGACAUGGACAAACUGACUUUUGCUACACUACCAAUGACCUUACCCCUCAAGUGUGUUUUAAAAUUAAGGAGAGAAGAGUUGAGAUUCCAAUCCCAGAGAGCUCCAUCAGAGUGACAAUCAAAAGCUCUGGAACUGCUUUUGCUACCCAAGAAUUUGCAAUUCACCAGAAAGACAUCUCCUUUGUUCCUGUCACUCCACACAUUCUUAGUUUAAUUCCUGACUUUGCAACUUCCACAUUAAAUCUGAAGUGGAGUGAUAAUGGAUCAGUCUUCCCAUACGGACUGCAUGCCCUUUGGCAGAUUCAGAUACUCCGAAAAGAAGCAAUGGAAGUAGUCACACAAGUGACUUACUACUCAAAACUGACUCAUGAAGACGUCAUUCUUUCUUGGAACUGGACAUCAGAUAUGCCUUUGGAGUGCACAUCACACUAUGUGAAGAUUCGCUGUUAUAUUAAUGCAACACAGUAUGUUGGCCCCAAGGAUUGGAGUGACUGGAGCCCAGCGGAAGUGAUCCCUGGAAAAGAUACCGAGCCUGGUGGAAGUGGAGUGUUUCCUCUGGACCCUGUGGUGGCAGUAGGUUCAGAUUUGACGUUUUGUUGUGUCCAUGAAGAAGAUCAGCGCAUAACAAAUAUGACUUAUGGAUCAAAAUCCUACACAAUGAUGAAACUGAGCAGUCGAAGCCAUGCCAUCAGAGUGCUAAACGCCAGUGUUUCAAAUAGCAGCGGGACAAAUGUGGUGUGCAGACUCGAAAAUGGGUUGGAAGGAAGUGUUGUGUUUGUAGGAUAUGCUCCUGAUAUUCCCCAAAAUCUCAGCUGUGAAACAUCCAACUUUCUGAUAAUAAAAUGCACUUGGAAACCAGGCAGGCCCAGUGGACUAUAUGGAGAAAGAAGAACAAAGUACAGUUUAUUUGAAAGAACAUCUGGUAAAAAUGUUUCAUGCGAAGUCAGUGAAGUGAACAAGGACCAUGUCUGUGGCUUUCCAGUACUGCCUGAUCAAAAAACCUAUGAUUUCGUAUUAGGUGUCUCCAAUCCUAUUGGGCAAGCACAGUCAUCUCUUCUAGUUGACAUAACUCAAAGAGUUCAUCCAAAAACCCCAGAAAAGUUAACUGUUACUGGGAACAACUCUACAAGCAUCCAACUGCGUUGGUUUAUAAACGGCAGCUUUGCUGAGGUCAGGCUUCUGUGUCAAAUUGAAAUUAACAGUAGUCACUCUGAGAGAAAACUGCACAAUGUCUCCACACCUGGUCGAAAAUCCUCAACUUACACAGCUCAGCUGAAUGCAUUGCACCCUGACACCAAAUACCAGUUCAGGGUGCGCUGCUCAGCUGCUGACCACUUCUGGAGGUGGAGCGACUGGAGCAGGGGAGUGGAGCAGACAACAUCAGAGGCCCCUCCUGCAAGAGGACCAGAUAUCUGGAGAGAGAGGAGUCCUUCUGGUGAAAGCCUAAUAGUCUUCUGGAAGCCCUUAUCCCUCUCUGAAACCAAUGGAAAAAUAGUUUCUCAUGAAGUGUCCUGCCACCUGCUAGAGACACUACUGGAGCAUAAAGUAGUCUUUGAACCCUCAAACAGAACUGAGAUAAAACUUGGAAAAAGUGAUUGUGUAAUUAGCGUUGUAGCCAGAAACCAAGCGGGCUCAUCUCCCCCUUCAAGGAUAACAAGCGUGGAACUUCCAAGUGACAAUGUCACAACAGAUCAGGCCGUGGCAAUGGGGAAUGGAAUUAAUAUUUCUUGGGACUCUUACCCCAACAUGACAUGUGGCUACGUAGUAAAAUGGUGUCAUUCAUCUGGGUCUGAACCCUGUAUUGUGGACUGGCAGAAAUUUCCUUCAAAUACAACAAAUGCAGUUAUAAAAUCUGCUCUGUUCAAACCUGGCGUGAGAUACAACUUUUCUCUAUACGGCUGCAAAUCCAUGGGAUAUCAGUUGUUGAAAAAUGUAACUGGGUAUAUGAAAGAGCUGCCUCCAAAAACUGCACCAAAUUUUAUUGUUGAAGAAACUUCUUCAGAUUCUAUAUUGGUAAAAUGGGAAGACAUUCCUGUUGAUGAAUGCCGAGGGUUUUUAAAAGGAUAUCUUCUUUCCUUUGCAAAAGGUGAAAAAGAUGCUUUAAAGCCUAGACUUUCAGAAUCAGGGAAUCCAGAACUUAAAGUUAAUAAUAUCACUGACUUAACAAAGAAGUCUAUGAAAAUACUUGAUCUUCAAGGCAAAACUAGUUACCAGCUGGAACUGCAAGCCUACACUGCUGGUGGUUUAAGCCCUCCAAACAGCCUCUAUGUGGUGACAAAGGAGGACUCUGUAGGAUUAAUCAUUGCAAUUCUCAUCCCCGUGGCAGUGGUGGUGCUGCUUGGAGUGUUGGCCAGCAUCUUCUGCUACCGAAAGAGGGAAUGGAUUAAAGAAACAUUUUAUCCAGAAAUCCCGAAUCCUGAGAACAGUAAGGCACUGCAGUUUCAGAGGAACAUCUGUGAGGGGAAUAAGACACUUAAAACACUGGAAAUGAACCCUUGCACUCCCAACAGUGUUGAAGUGGUGGAAACACAGUCUACAGCUCCAAAGAUGGAAGACACAGAGAUGAUGUCCCCAGCAGCAGAGACCACUGUGCCUGAAGAUGGCUGUGACUCAGAAAUGGAGAACCACGUUGUUGUGUCCUACUGCCCUCCUAUCAUUGAAGAGGAGAUCUCAAAUCCCCCUAUGGAUGAACCUGGGGGGUCAUCUCAGGUGGUUUACAUUGACAUCCAGUCAAUGUAUCAGCCUCAAAUUAAACCAGAGGAGGAGCCCGCAAUAGACUUAGCAACUACAGCAGGCUAUAAGCCCCAAAUGCAGCUGUCUAUCAGUGCCCUGAAAAUAGAGGGUCAUUCACCUGUGGAAGAAGAAUUGGAUAAAACUGCAGGUUACAGACCUCAAACAAACACAAAUGCCUGGAACAUGGGCACUCCAGACUCUCCUGGAUCAGUUGAAAGCAACAAUGAAAAUGCAUCUUUUGGGAGUCCAUGUUCAAUUAAUUCACGACAGUUUUUACUUCCCCCAAAAGAUGAUGAAGACUCUCCUAAACCUAUUAAUACAGGGUGGUCCUUCACACACUUUUUUCAGAACAAAACAAAUGAUUAACAGUGGGUCCUCAUUGCACAUGAACCUGCCUUCUGAAUAAGCUUUUAUUCCUGAUAUUGUAAAGAAAGGAAGAAGAAAAGUGCAAAAGGCAUGAAUUAUUCUUGGAGACAGUCAGCUGUUCAAGUGAGCUGAAUGUUACCAUGUUUAAGUUAGUCAAAGUGUUAAUAUUCCAUUGUAAUAGAGGCUGAGAGGCCAAAAUUAUAGCAAUUUAGUUAUUACUCUGGUAAAGUAUAUUAGAUGUAAGGGGUUUUGAAUUUACAGCCCCUGAUAAUUAUAGUCAAAGAACUCUGCCUACCUUCACGUAGUACUCCAAGAUUAAUGUGGUCUCCUGCAAUUUAUAACUUGGAAAAGUUGCUUUGCUUUGUUGUAGUUCUUCUCAGUCAUGCAGACUCAAAUGAUGCAGCGCCAACGGUUUCCCUUAAUGAAGGUUUAAUUUAUAGCAAAUCUCAGCCUAAGACACAGAAACAAUGUGGUGGGAAACCGUUGAGAACUUUUACCUAGUUAUAAACGAAGAACAAAUGAGAGUGCUGUUUUUUUUCUUCUCCUGUAUGGAAGGUUAUUAUCACUGUUUAACACUUACAAAGCAAUGGCCAUUCAAAUCUGUUGCUUUUUAACUAGACACUAAUUUCUGUACCUACUGUACAAUGUUGAUUAAAUGUUUGACUCAGGGGUACAAACUUGGGGAAAAGAAGUGUAACACUGAUUGAAACCUCAACAAGAACUGCAUAAAGUUUAAAAGUUCAUUUAAAAAAAAAAAGAAAAAAAACACUUAGAAUGCUCUAUAUUUUUUCUAUCUUUUGGUUAAAAAGUUAAUCUUUCCUAAUGUAUUGCACUAAUACAUUUUGUACUUCAUAGCUUCUGCUCCAGAUCUGCUUUGAAGUGGUACAGUAGUCCAUUCACCCUCAGUGUUCAGCAGUCUUUGCACUAUGCAGUAAUGUAAGCCAUGGGGAAAUCUCUGUCUACUCGCCUUAGCUGCUGAAGCAGUUUGGCACAUGAAAUUAGAGGUAGUAGGACUAGCUCCUUGAGAAGAAAUUGCUCUUUGGAUGAUGUUUAUUGUAUUAGCUUUGUAUUACCUUCUGCCUGGCUUAUUUUAGGUGUCUGUCCAACAGGACCUUCUGUACAAAUCCUACCUGGGAGUACAAGGAAGGAUUUCUCUAGUGGCAGGGAGAAAGCCAGGGAGGUUUUAGUGCCGCUAAUUCUACCUCUCCUUUACCAGAUAUGUGAUGCAAAGAAAGCUUAAACGGUGUACAUUUGUGUGCUUAAAGGAGUGUUUAGAACAAUCAUCUUUUAAAAUGCUUGUUUUCACAUGUGCAUCUCUAGACAUCUGUAACUGUUUCACUGUGUAAAUUUCAGGCUGUGGCAUACAUGGAUUUCACUAGCUCACAGGAGAAACUUUCAAGAAACUUACCUGUUUCUUGCUGUAAAACAGUGGGGAUGUUAAAACAGUGGGGUGUCAAAUGUUAAAAGAGCUUGAUCAAAAAGGUUUCCGUAAAGUCCUAACCAAUUUUUCUUUUUUUUUUUAAUCUCCAUUUCCUUAGCUACUUUGUAGGGUUUUUAGGGUUUGGGUUUGGUUUUUGGAUUGUUUUUAGUUGUUGGAUUUUUUUUGGUGGUGGUUUGUUUUGUUUUUUUUUUUGGGGGGGGGGAUGCUGGAUUGUUUGUUUGGGGGUGUUUGUUUGUUUAUUUUUAAUAAAUAAGAUAUGGGAAUAGUUUUUGAAACAAAACAGAUAAGGAGUCUGAAUUGGCUAGGCUGCUGGUUGUAAAGGUAUGAGGGUAGACUGGGACAGACAUUUGACUUGACCGACAUUUGGUCUGCAAACCACAUGAUCUGGCCAUCAAAAUAAAACCAAGCAUAAAGUUAAACCUAAUCACAGCAAUGGAUGGUUCCGUUUCAGAGGCUGGUAUGUCUCUGCCAUCUCCGUGGAACAAAAGUAUAGAGGUGUUUCAAAACUGACAAAAAUGCAAAGCACUAAAUACUUACCAUAAUAGGUAACAGCUAGGAAGCUGUGUGUGCCUCCUGGAAGAGUGAACAGUGAAGAAGUGAAAAACAGUUUAGUCUGCAGGCCUGGCAGAGUGCAAGAUAUCUCUGAAAAAGAACAGAAAGUGCACAUAGGAUUCAUCUGUUGAAUCUUUGAAUUAGCAGGGCUGCGUGUGCAAAGACAGGCAAUGCAAAGAGCUGCGGUCCGUUUGUGACCAGGCAUCAGCACAAGGGAAGUGUCAUAGCCUAUUGCCUAGAACAUUAAACUGACAUAUGAAAGGAAGCAGUUAAGCCCUUUGUGACUGCUAGCCGGGAAGGGGCUAAAUCCUAAUAGUAACAACUGUUUUUCAUAAUAGUUCUUUUUUAGAGUAUUUCUUUUCACUUGUGUAGAUUUGGCUUAAUGUCUCCAACUCCUGAGAUGAAUUUUAGCUUGCUGCUAUAUGCUUUUAAUCAAAAGCAGAUGAUGUCAUGGACAAUGUGUAUAGGUAGUGGUUUGGGUUGCUUUUUUUAAUAGAGUAGUUUCCCAGUGUGGAGGAGCAGUCAGUAUUGUAUGGUGAUCCAGAUGAAAGAAAAAAACCUCUGUAGCAGAACAGCUGACCAUGAAGAAUAACUGUGCUUUUCAUAUGGCUGUGUAUUGCAAGAAACAAAAUCAAACUGCAGUUUGAGAGUACUAGCAAAUUUUAAUUUGGAGACUGGAAACCAGGGCAGCUGCAGAGAACACCUAGAGCUCACAGGAAGCUGUUUAGGACCAUUCUCAUUGUUCACAUGGUGAAUCACUUACACAUAAGCAUCCCAUACUCAGGUUUCCCAGUGUGCUGCUCUUCCUAUUCAGUAAAGACAACAACAUUUUAAAUUGCUUCAUUUCUUAGUGAUUAGAUAAGGAAAAGCUCCACAAGUGCAUGUUCUGCCUCAUUGUUGAUGUUAUAAACUCUCUCUUACCUAAUUAUUCAUCCCUCU